CUAGCCCAGUUCGGCUUAGGCAGGCUCUCUGCAACAAUGUCGGGGUGCGAUUUCCCUUCGGUCAUAGAACUGAACAUCGGCGGCGUGUUGUAUACUACCACCUUGAAGACGCUAAUCAGUCAGCCUGACUCGCAGCUACAUGCUAUUUUCACCGGUCGCGAACCCGUCACCCAGGAUGCGAAGGGUCGAUACUUUCUAGAUCGCGACGGCGUGCUGUUUCGGUACGUUUUGGAUUUCUUACGCGACGGCACCGUCGUCUUGCCAGAAUGCUUCCGGGAACGAGAGCGCCUCAGAAGGGAAGCCGAAAAAUAUCUACUUCCGGGUUUGGUGGAGGCCAUCUCGAACGAUAUCAGGAACAGAGCACCCGGAGUCAUCACCGUCGGAUAUCGAGGCAGUUUCCAGUUCGGUAAAGAUGGACUCGCUGACGUUAAAUUUCGAAAAUUGUCACGAAUCUUGGUUUGUGGAAGAGUUCCGUUAUGUCGUGAUGUCUUCGGUGAAACUCUCAACGAAAGUAGAGAUCCUGAUCACGGAGUGUCUGAGCGAUACACAUCCAGAUUCUUCCUUAAGCACUCAUUUUUAGAACAAGCUUUCGACAUGUUGAUAGAACAAGGAUUCAAGUUGGCUGGAAGUUGUGGAUCCGGAACAGCCGGAAAUGCUGCUGAGCCAAAACCCGGUGUCGAUACCGAGGAGAAUCGCUGGAAUCAUUACAAUGAAUUUGUGUUUGUGCGAGAUUAACUUUGACCACUUGAACUUUAUUCAAAUCCUCUUCAUAUCGCAUUUAUUCAAAUUACUAAUGAAUAAUCAUAGAAUCAUUUUAGGUAGGUAGACGACUAGAUGAAAAUUUAUUUUUCUGGAAGUAUAAACUUGUGUGAAAUUUCAAGUGACACUUUAUUAUAUCCAGAACAAACACUAUGAAAAUUAGCUCUUCUAACAUCCUCAGUAUUUUGUUCUCAUUUGCAAGAUGGAUUUUAUUUACUUUUAUUUUUUUGAAUGGAAUCAUUGACCUCUGAUUUUAGCAAACUGUAAAAUUUAGGAUAAAGAUUAGAUGGUUGCAUUGGUAAGACAAAGCUAUUGUUCUGUAGUUCUCAUCCAACUUGAAACAUGGAAUGCUUAAAUAAAUACAUGUAAAUAUUUUUUAUCUACAAGUAACAAAUCACUCAAUAAAAAGAUAAUUUUUCUGAUAUUUUUAAAAUCCUGUUAUGUUCCAUUUGUUGAACAUUCAAGCAUCAGUAUUUUGGAAAAAUGUCGCAAAUGAUUUAUUAUCAAAGCAAUAUUUUAAUUUGUUCUAAUAAAAUCUCAGUGGGUACUAAAUUAUUAUAAAGGUUGUAUAUUUAGUUUUUACUUUUUUAUGGUUAUACAGAUAAAGCAUUUUGCGCGAUACACCCUACGUACAUUUUUACACGGAAAGCAAGUGCAAAAUUUUUGUUUCGUCGAAUAUAAAUUUUGGAUUGCAUCAGAGUAUACAGAACUGAAAUUAUUAGGUUGGCAACGAUAAAAAAAGACUGUGAUUGAGAUUCACUAUGGAGUGGUGUGCAAACAUACAUGGUUUUGAUGUUUUUUUUUUAUAUAUUGUAUAUAAAGAAUUUACAAAUAAUAUCUUUUCACCAUGGAUCUAAUUUAAUUAAAUCAUUUGUAUUUUUUUGCUAUUAUUAUUAAAGCAUUUCUCUUUUGUAAGAAACGUAUUCCACGUCAUUAAAUUCAAAACAAAAAAAAAAACAUACACAAAAGAAACGCGAGAGGAAUAAUUGUUAUUUUCCUGGUUUCAGUAGCCAGAUUUUAAACGUAAUGAAUAUCUUACACUUUACAACUACAUAUCAAUCGUUGUCGAACUGUUAAAGUAAUAAUUAUUUUAAUAAAUUCGUAAACAUUUUUAGGAGUGCCACCACUGUGUAUUAAGCUUUCAUAAAUUAUAUUCAACAAAAUUUUACUUUUCGAAUCAGCAUUAAAUUAGCAACAAAUUACCAACAAAUUGUCUGUAAUAAAUAUAGCAUAAAAAAAACGUAUUUUUUAUUACAUGAGAUAAGCUUGUGUAAUAUAGAUAUUACCUUAAAAUUUUUAGUAUUUUAAAGACAAACCGGGAAAUACCGUGAAAAGAAAAAUUCCACAAAGAACAAUAUUUUUAACUUUUAAUGACAUUGCAAAUAAAAUAUUAAAUAAGGGCACAGGCGUAAUAACUCAAAAAUCCCGUUUACUAAAUCUCAUGUUUUCGAAUAUUAAUGAAUGCGUGCUUUGAAUUAGGUUGCAUCUAAUAAAAUUAAUUUUUAUUAAUUCGGGUUUUUGGAAGUUAUACGUUGUUACUCUAUGUAGAAUAUGGUCAUAGCCUGUAUUUAAUUAACUAAAAUUUAUUCUAAUGAUGGUAUAUACUAACUCUGCUCAAUAAAAAUGGAAAUUUUAAAAUAACAUAAAGUCGCGAUCUUUUCUAUACAACCACUCCCUAGUGUAAAUUUUCAAAAUUUGUCUGGUGUAAGUGACCUUGACGGGUUUCUGGGGGAAACAGAUGUGUCAAAAAUUUGACAGGUUAGAUGGCCCCAUUGUCAAUGUAGAUAUUUUAUUUUAAUAAAUAGAUGAACAGAACAUACAGUCUGCACGGGAUACAGUGCGGCAUAGCUGAGGGCAAUCGAAACAUUCGUGUUGUGCUAGUUUCGAUUGCCAUAUCAACUACCGCUACCAACCGCGUUUGGCGUAAAGUACUAGAUGACAGGGCUACCAACUUGACAUUUUAUCGAGUGGUUCCGUAGAAAUGACCGCUACUGUAUAAGGUCGGUUUAUGGAAAGCGAAUUAAAUAUUUAAUCCUAGAUUAAUUUAAUAGAGGAUUAAAAUGUAGAAUAUGAGCUCGUGAUUGGUUAAAACAUGCACGUUGCAUAGCAACGGACCUCAGUUAAAAGUUAAUCGCCAUUAACUUUUAAUUCGCUUUCCAUAAACCGGCUCUUAUUAGGAUAUUAAAAAACCGCUUUAUUGUAAUUUUAUAAUGCAAUUUUAUUAAAAAUUAUAAAAUAUUUUAUACUCGUAUUAGUUCACGUUUUUCCGGAAUAAUUUUUUACUUGUGUCUUCUGAGUCUAGUAAUAAAUAACACAUUAAAUUCUGUACAAAUAAUUAUUUGUAAUGAUUACGUUUAAGUAAAAUUUACAAAUAAAAUUAAACGUAAUAUAUAAAGUUAUAUUUCUAUACGGUGAAUUAAUUUCAUAUAAACAGGUACUUUAACAAUAUCCGUAUUUUUUUUCGUUCAAGCAGAUAAAAACUCGGAAUCAAACCUCAUACUUGUACAUAGUUUAUCAAAUCGAAAAUAUCAAAGCAUGCGUUUGGACAUGAUUUUAUAUUUUUUUCAAACACUUACGUACAACUUGUUGCACGUUGUCAAAGGAUGAAAAAUGUACGAAUCGACCUUCUUUUAUAUCGCCAUCAAUUCUCAGGUUUAUAUUUCCACGAAAUACGUAUAACUUUGUUUAAUAAUGUAUAUAUUAAUUAUUAAAUUAACGAGUUUGAAAUAUGGGAGCAAAUCACUCUGUACAUUGGCCCUAGAAUGUUUAAUAAAUUCAUUAAUUUCUUUCACUUUCCAUAUCAUCUCUUAGAGGUAAAUAAAUUCUCAUUAAACGAAUUUUAAAUAAUGAGUAUCUGCAAAAGAUAUUUUCGAAUUAGCUUUGCAAACCAGUCAAUCAAUUAGUCGAAGAGUGUUUUCAUUACGCAUCGAUUUAAUUAAAUUUUCCGACUUUUUGCUAAUAAAGCAUAAUCAACCGUCAGCGUAAUUAACCAAAGUUACCAGGUUAUUUCAAAUUGAUUUGAAUAAACAAAUCCUGUAACCAAACAGGACCAGUUUAUUUAAAUUUGAAACGUGCUGUAUCACUAGCUGUUAUUGAUUCGUUUAAAUUUUAUCUCCCUUGCCCUACACUCCAUGUCACGUUGAACUGUUUGGUAUGUUACAAUUAUUAAUAGAAACGAAUGUAAACUAUAUGUAAAAAAUAGGCCUAAACGAUUAUACUUAAUGUGAUUUGGUUCCAUUGGUUUACCUAUUGUUGAAAUCUGUAUUAACACCCUUGAAGCGGGGCUAACAAGUGAUAUUUUAAUUUAAUUAUUAUCGACCCUGUAGUUGUAGAUUUAGUAUAGAGUCUUUAGGAUGUGCUCGCUUAUAUCACGUAAUUCACUAGUCCAUUACAUUAUUAAGAUGUUGGUUUAUGUGACAUCAGUGUAAUGUGAUAGCGUCGUAAUUAUAGAUUAUAGACAUUUUCAACUAGUCUACGUUUCUAAGUGUUCCAAUUUUCAAUUUUUUUCGGAAAAUAUUUAAUUUUUUUUAAAGUAUAAUCUGAAAAAAACUUAAUCUCUUCUAAUACAUUUUGUUAAUACUUAUUAGGUCUUGUAAAAUAAUUAUCCUUUCCGAAAAAAGUGAACUUAUUGCGUUGGACUGUGAUAUAAGCGUACACAUAUUUCCAACCUUAGUGGUUUUUUGUAAAGAACUAAGUACUGUCAUGAGUUUUUUAGGAAUUGAUUUAAUGAUAGUGAUAAUGUAAUUUCAGAGUAGACAUAAAAAUAAACAAUAGUUGAUUUUGAUGA